AAUACUAAUUCGGUGUGUCAUUUAAUGGAGGUAUUUUCUCAAAAUGGGGAUUUGUUUAAAAGUGCAGAUCCAGACCCCCCCUGGAUCCGACCCUGUUUUAACUUUAACAUUAGAUUGAUUAGCUUAUCUGUUAUCGAGGCGUCUAUGUUGUUACUACCUCGACUUAUUUGUAAUAACUGAUAAAAGGCUGUGAUCGCUAAGUAGAACACAUCAAAAUAAAUAAAUCUUAAUAAUGCUGAACGUUCGACGUGCUAAAAAAGAGGAUAUUGGCCAUGUUAGAGAUAUGAUCCAAGAACUGGCAGAUUUUGAGAAUAUGAGCGACGGCCCAAGGCUGAGUGAAUCUGAUCUUAUACGAGAUGCAGGACUAGAUGGUGGACCCGAAUACUGUGAGAUUUAUGUACUUACAAAGGAGAACGUAUCGACUGAGUACAUUGGCUAUGCGAUCUGUUUUAAAUCAUAUUCCACUUGGAACGGGCGCUGCUUCUUUCUUGAAGAUAUAUAUGUAAGACCACAACAUCGACAGCUAGGAGCUGGAAAGCAUCUUUUUCUUGCUGUUGCCGCUCGAGCUAAGGAAUUGAACUGCUCACGUCUCGAUUUCCAUGUGCUGGAAUGGAAUCCAGCAAGAAAAUUCUACGAAAAUUUAGGUGCAAAAGAUUUGACUGUCAGCGAAAAAUGGUAUUUAUAUCGCCUAGAAGGCGAUAACCUGACAAAUCUGGCCAACAAAUACUCAUAAUAUUCUUUUUUAUGUUACGCUUUAUUUGUCUGUGUGUAUCAUUUGUUAUAAAUAAUUUGCUAGAAUA